AUGAUCUCUGAGGGCAUCGGUUCAUGGGCGCCUCCCCCCCUCAAGUCCCGCAUCCUUGUAGACUUCUCCUCCCCGAACGUGGCGAAAGAGAUGCACGUGGGCCACCUGCGCUCCACGAUACUCGGUGACAUAAUCGCCAGGACUCUGGAGUUCACGGGUGCUGAGGUGCUGCGGAUUAACCACAUCGGCGACUGGGGCACGCAGUUCGGGAUGUUGAUCCAGCACAUGUCCGAAUCCCGCCCUGAGGGGCUUGGAGAGGAGGGAGGGAGUGAGGAGGAUGUCGCCGAUCUUCAAAAUUUGUACAGGGCAGCCAGGGUUCGCUUUGAUUCAGAGGAAGACUUCAAGAUGCGUUCUCAGCAAGCUGUGCGCACACUGCAAUCUGGUGACGCCCAGUACAUUGCCGCAUGGAAGAGAAUUUGUGCGGCUUCCAGGAAGCAGUUUAGAGAUAUCUACAGGCGGUUGAAUGUGGAGUUGGUGGACAGGGGAGAGAGCUUUUAUAAUCCAUUCCUUGCCCCCCUUGUUGGCGAGCUCAAGGAAGGGGGCUACAUUGAGGAGUGGCAGGGUGCACAGUGCAUUUUUGUCGACAACAUAAAGGUGCCGUUCAUGGUUCAAAAAUCGGAUGGCGGCUUUGGUUAUGCCGCGACCGACCUGGCUGCUCUGAAGUACCGUCUCACAGAGGACAAGGCUGAUUGGAUAUUAUACGUCACCGACGUCGGCCAAAGCCAGCAUUUCCAGCAGCUCUUUGGUGCCGCAAGGAAGAUUGGCCUGUUGACAGAUGGGGAAUGCGGCGUCAAGGUGGACCACAUAACUUUUGGACUUGUCCUCGGGGAAGACGGCAAGAGGCUCAAAACACGUUCGGGAACGGCUGUCCGGCUUGCCGACCUGCUCGACGAGGCCAAGGCAAGGUGCCGUGCUGCCAUCAAGGAGCGCUGGGACGAGCGCGGAGAAUAUAUAUCGGAGGAGGACUUGGAGGACGCCGCGAGCGCCAUGGGCUACGGGGCGGUGAAGUACGCGGACCUGAAGAACAACCGAAUGUCCAACUAUCGUUUCUCGUACGACGAGAUGCUCCACACGAAGGGCAACACGGCCGUGUACCUGAUGUACGCGUAUGCCCGGCUGUGCGGAAUACUGCGGAAUACUGAAAGGGACGUGGUGGAGCUCGCUGCCAACGAGAAGAUUGUAUUGGAACACGAGAAGGAGGUUGCGCUGGCUCUGCAGAUCGCAAGAUUUCCGGAGGCCGUGGAGAGGACCAUACGAGAGCUGCUUCCCAACCGCCUGUGUGAAUACCUCUGCGAGCUCUCCAACGUUGUCAACGGAUUUCACUGCGAGUGCCAAGUGAUUGGCAGCGAGCGCGAGGCAAGCCGCCUACUGCUGUGCCAAGCCACGGUCAUGGUCAAGCGCGCAUGCUUCAAGCUGCUGGGCAUCAGCCCGCUGAAUAGGAUUUGA